UUAUUUUACAAGCGCGUCCUCUCCUGCCCUCGCUGUCCUCUCUUUCCCUCUCUAUUCUUCUGCUUCACCGCCAAAAGUACAGGGCUCUGCUUCACUUCCAGCCACCUCUGAAUCUCUCUCUCUCUCUCUCUCUCUCUCUGCGUUUGAAUUUCCCACAGUGAUGGAGGAGCAAUUCGUACUCAGAGUCCCACCUUCAGUUGCAGAGAGAUUAGAUCGUCUUCUCAGCGAGAAUGCUUCUUCAGACGACAAGUCGUUGGAUUUGUCUUUCGAAGAGGAUGGCCGGAGUGGAACAUUUGUAAUUGGCAAUGACCGGUUCCCUGCAUCGCUCUUGGAUCUUCCUACUGUUGUGGAAUCCUACAAAACGUAUGACGAUAGUGUGUUAAUUAAGACUGCAGAUAUUGGUCAGAUGAUUAUGGUUAGAGAUCCAAAUGAUCCUGCUCCAGAUACAGUUGAGUACAGGCAUGGUCUCACCCCUCCGAUGAGGGAUGCUCGAAAGCGAAGAUUUCGCAGGGAGCCUGAUCUAAAUCCUGAGCUUGUCCAGCGUGUUGAGCAAGAUCUACUGAACAUUAGUGCUGGUGGACCAGCUGACAAUGUGGAUAUUGAAGUAGCUGAGCAAGAGAAAAAUCGAGAUGGCAAGGCUGGUAAUACAAGUAAAAACCCUGCACCAGCUCCUGAAUCAAAAACUGAUAUUCCUGAGGCUACUACAAACACAGGGGAACCUGAUGGAGAGCCUGAUAGAAGUGAUUCGGAUGAAUCUGACGAUUCAAUUUGAAGAAAGCCCUUGUGCAAGCUGAUAUCGUUUCUCCGUCAAGCUUCUUGAUGAAGUUAAGAUGUGCAUAUCGAAAAGAACAUUUCUGAAUGAUAGCAUAAAUUUAUGUUGUGUUGAUAACAUUAACAUGUGUACUAACAUUAUUUUUGAUCUCCUCCUAGUCGGUUUGCCAGUUCUGAAUAUCCUCAGGAUUCUCAAAGAACUUGUAUAAUUUGGUAGUAUAUAGUGGAAAACUUGUCUACAAGUUUGUACUUUUGCAAAGCUAUGCCAAGUUUCAUUUCUUCGUUCCAAAGGCA